AUGCGACCACAAUUACCUCUCAUGUUGCCUCGUAUACGUAUCUGGCUGUGGAAGGUCCGAGCUGAAUAUAAGUACUACCAAGCUAGUCCGGGCGCGAGCAAGAUGAUGACUUUGCUGCGCAGUUUCAAGUGCUUUGUGACUGGAGGAGAAGUUUACCUAGCAGGUGGUGGCGGAGCUCGGUGA